CUUCGCGCGUUUGAUCGGCCACAGCCGCACGACGGGACGACUGCCAUGGCGACCCUCCCGAUGGAGCGCAUGAGUCCAGAGCGCUUCACGAUGAUCCGGAUCACCGUGCAGGGCGUGCUGAACUUCCCGGCGCGGUCGCUGCGGUCCUCGGCGAAGAAGUCGAUGCAAGUGAAGGUGAUGGAGUUGCCUCCGAACAAUCCGGAGAGCGAUGCUUCACUGCCGAUCCCUGCGUCCUUCGAGUUUCAGAACGGACAGGUGGAGGAGGAUUCCGUGGAAUUCGAUCCACCACGGUUCUUCCAGACGGAUUUGGAAUCGCACAGGUCCUGGUUCUUAGAUCUGAAACUCUGUGACCACUUCGGCGUGGAAGUGGCCUAUGCGAAGAUCGCACUCGACGAGUUGGCCCGUAGAACAAGCUGGUGCCUUCUGAUGCAGAGUACAUCUGAUCACAAUCCGCUCUAUGCGGGCGAUGUGCACACCAAGCACCACAGCAAACGCCUCACCAAACAGGGCAUCAUCGUGCGGCGGCCCUGCUUUUUGCUCUUGGAGGUGCACCUCAUCGGCGGCUGCCGGCGCCAGGACAUCUACCAGAUGCGCUCCGUGCGCUCCUUCGCGUCGAUGGGCUCGGUGAACUCCUUGUCCUCGCGCGCAGGAGCCUAUGUCCCUGGCCUGGGCUUGCGCCGGCGCCGCGGCACCAGGACCCGGGUCUUCAUGGUGACCAGGGGCACUCGUGGAGAUGUACAGCCCUUUGUGGCCCUGGCGAGAGGUUUGAUCUUACAACACAAUUGUGAGGUGGUGAUUUGCACAGAGCUGAAUUGGAAAGGCUUCAUCAAGAGCUUUCGCGCUGGACUGCCAGACGGCACGCUGCGCUUUCGGCCUUGUGGUGGUGACACCAUGGCGCAGACGCGCACGGCUUUGUCGCAGCUCAUCACCUGGGAGGGCCAGCACUACGAUUUUUUGCAGAGCCUCAUCUUCUCUGUGCAAGAGAGGAACUUCUUCCCGUCCGAGGGAUGUUGCUACUUUUGGGCUCACGAAGAGCAGCCUGACUUCAUCGUCUUUGGCUUUACGAUGUGCCAUGUAGCAAUGAUCUUAGGGGAGGGCUUGCAGAUCCCCAUUGUGGGCUUCAUCUGUCAACCGGACCACAAGAUCGAGGAGCGUCGGGAUAUCUCCACGCACUUGGAUCGACUUUUAGGUCCCACGCGACAGGCGAUGAACUCGGAGGGCUUCAACGCCACGCUCAUGAGCAUUGUACAGCAGAUGUCCAUGCGGGGCGUUGGUCUGAAUCGUCUUCGGAAGACCCGAGGGCUUCAGUCCAUGCCCGCUGGCCUGUCUGAUAGCAUGGCUCAUUUCGAUGAGCUUCACAGGAAAGAGGUGCCAAUGAUUGUGCCCAUCAGUCAGAUUGCCUUGGGAGAGUACAAAGCGCGGCUUCCGCAGUACAUCUUCACCGAUUUUAUUUUCCUACGAACAGAGCAAGACACUCUGGACGAGCCCAUAUCGAAAUUUCUGGCGCAAGCUGCCCGUGCUGGGCGUCGGGUUGUCUUGAUCACUUUCUCCUCCAUGCCGGUGGGGGAAAGGACGAUCCUGGAGAUGGCCAUCGAAGCGUGCACCUCGGAGCAGUUAGUGUUCCCUGCCAAGCGCGGCAGCAAUGGAACCUCACCGGUGGGUGUGGCCGUGAUUGCCAUGACCAGUGGUCAGGAUCAUGAUCCUGCACCGCCGGAAACCAUGGCGCAAGUGCAGCAGCUGAGCCAGGAAGGUCGGCUGAUGGUGCGGAACAGCGGAGCCUCCUUUGCGGCGCUCUUCCCAAAGUUGGAUGCGCUCAUCGGACAGGGUGGAUUGGGAGUGACCUCUGAAGCCCUCCGCGCUGGAGUGCCCAUCAUCACCAGUGGCAUCCUGCUGCUGGAUCAAAGAUGGUGGGCUGCGCGUGUGGCGGAGCUGGGCUGCGGCUCGAAACCGGUGAAGGUCGAUCGGCUUUUGAACUGGGACCAUUCGAACGACUCCACACGUUUGGUGAAGUUGCUUCACAUCGCCUUGGACACCUCUGAGGAGGACAACUGGACACUCCGAGCCAAACAGGUCUCCGCGCAGAUCGCCCAUGUGGCCAUGCACGAUCCUGAUGGCGUGCUCCGCAACGCGCAGGAGGUCUUUACGAAAGGCACGUCCCAAUCGGUGAUCUUAGAAGACUGCUACGAGGAGAACCGGGAUUGCUGCUCCUGCAUUGCUCGACAAGCCAGAUGCUGCUGCCGCUGUAUCGAGAGAUGUCUCCGUUGUAUCUUCUUCAUGAACGUCCCCACACUGCUCUAUGUCUUUCUCUUGUUGCUGAGCGAGGUCUUCUGCUGCGGCCCCUGCCGUCGCCGAUGUCGCUGUCGGUCGAAGAAGGAGCAGAUGAUGGAGAGCGGCGAGGAAUCGACGGAGGACGUGUCAGGUGACUCCUCCAGCGACGAGUCCAACGCUCGGCUUCCGCGCGACUCCCGUGGAUCCUUGGGUUCCUUGCACCCGUGGUCCCCCGUGAGGUCGUGAUGGGAACGGCGCCGCGAAGGCGCCGUGAGCCAAUGAACCCCCGCGAGGCGUCCCAAUCCGUGUCUUCCGACCGAUGAAUGUGUAGAGAG